ACCCACGUCGUUGUCCCUAACCAAAAAGUUGCCAUGUCCAGAGUCUUACUUUUUGGUCCAUUCCAGACCCUCACCGUUUCGCCUCUGCCUCUGCCUCUGCCUCUGCUUCUCCUGCAUUGGCUCCAUUCGUGGGUCGCCGCGUCUCAAUGUCUGACCCUUAUGAGUCGCAGUUAUGGCCGAACGAGUUCGCCGGCGCCAAUGCCGGCGAAGAGGAGAACGUGAGCAGAAAGGCGGCGGAAUUUUUUAUGGGUCUGGGGGAGAUGAUGGUGGGGUUCGGGAGAGCGUGCAGGGACAUCGUGAAGCAGAGUGUUCUGAAGGAGGACUUUUAUGUUGUGAGGAAGUUGGGGGGUCCUUGCUCGAAGGCUUGCGAGAGAUUGAGCUUCUUGAAUGAGUAUUUGCCGGAGGAUCGAGAUCCCGUGCACGCGUGGUCGGUGAUAUUAUCGGUUUUCUUCGUCGCUCUUGCAGCUUUAACUUUCAAUGCUAGAGAUGAUACUUACACCCCAUUGAAGAAAGUGUGUACACACCCUCCUAAUGCUAGCCGUAUAUUGCUUCCGGAUGGUAGAUACUUGGCAUAUCAGGAGCAAGGUGUUCCAGCUGAAAGAGCUAGAUUUUCUAUGAUUGCUCUGCAUUCUUUUCUUUCCUCCCGUCUUGCAGGAAUACCUGGAAUCAAGACCUCAUUGUUGGAAGAGUUUGGCAUUCGUUUAGUAACAUAUGAUCUUCCUGGUUUUGGGGAGAGUGAACCUCAUCCGGAUAGAGACCUUCUGUCAUCGGCUAUGGAUAUGUCAUACUUAGCAAAUGCUGUUGGUAUUCAAGACAAGUUCUGGGUGGUGGGAUUCUCUGGUGGAAGCAUACAUGCUUGGGCUGCAAUCAGAUAUAUUCCUGACAGACUUGCAGGUGCUGCAGUAUUUUCUCCAAUGGUUAAUCCAUAUGAACCAAGGAUGACUAAGGAGGAAAAAUAUAGAAUCUGGAACAAGUGGCCAGCCAAGAGGAAACUGAUGUUCUUCUUAGCCCGGAGGUUUCCUAGAUUUCUUGCAUACUUCUACCAUCAGAGUUUCUUAUGUGGAAUGCAUGGUCAAAUCGAGAGAUGGUUGUCACUGUCGUUGGGAAAGAGGGACAGAGCAUUGGUACAGAAGCCAAUGUUUGAGGGAUUCUGGCAGAGGGAUGUAGAAGAAUCCAUCCGGCAGGGAAUUGCAAAACCAUUUGUAGAGGAAGCUGUGUUGCAGGUAUCAAAUUGGGGGUUCAGCCUUGCAGACCUUAGAAUGCUAAAGAAACGCCAAGGAAAAGAUGUCCUGCACUGGCUCAAGUCUUUGUAUAACCAGGAGGAGGAAUUGACUGGCUUUCUUGGCCCAAUACAUGUAUGGCAGGGUAUGGAUGAUAGGGUCAGCCCACCAUCAAUGGCAGAUUUUGUUCAACGUGUUGUCCCAGGAGCCAUGGUACAUAAGAUCUCCAAGGAGGGUCAUUUCACCUAUUUCUAUUUCUGCGAUGAAUGCCAUAGAAACAUAUUCACUACGCUCUUUGGGACUCCUGAGGGUCCCCUCAACAAUACUGCUGAAGUAGAACAAACUCUUGCCGAAGCAGAUGCAGAAGACAAGGAGAAGGUAACUUUUGGUGAUACCGUGCCAAACUAGAAUAAUUUUGUUAACUAAAUUUAGAGAAAAGGAGCCCAUUGUACAUAAAACAGGUUUGCUCCAUUAAUCAUGCAGCAAGAUUGUAUAGAAGUGAAUCACUAGUUCUGUACCAGUUCUUGGGCUUGCUGAGGAGGUGCAACUGCGUGUUAAACAUUUGGAGUCAAUAAAAGGGAAAUGAUACACCAAAAUUGAAUGUA